AACUAGCCCAGCAAAGCUUGACCUGCAACAUCGUGAAUCCUUCGAACCCAAGUGCAACUAAGCGGACGACAUUGCUGUGAGUGAGUGCAUGUGGUGGUGGCCCUCAGCAUGGUGUUGCCACCACCAGACAAGCGGCAUGUGUGUCUUACCACCUUUGUGAUCAUGACCAGCAUGGCCUUCAUGGACGCCUACCUAGUGGAGCAGAACCAGGGCCCACGGAAGAUCGGUGUCUGCAUCAUUGUCCUGGUCGGGGACGUCUGCUUUCUUAUCGUCCUCCGCUAUGUGGCGGUCUGGGUUGGAGCAGAAGUGCGGACGGCUCGGCGAGGAUACGCCAUGAUCCUGUGGUUCCUCUAUAUCUUUGUGUUGGAGAUCAAGCUUUACUUUAUCUUCCAGAACUGUAAGGCUGAUCGUAAGAGUCUGGAGACUGUCGCCCGGAAGGCUUUAACUUUAUUGCUGUCUAUUUGUGUGCCGGGCCUAUACCUGGUUCUGGUGGCUCUGGACAGCAUGGAAUACUUCCGCACCUUUAGGAGGAAGGAGGACAUGAGGGGUCGGCUCUUCUGGGUGGCUUUGGACUUGCUGGACCUGCUGGAUAUGCAGGCUAACCUUUGGGAGCCACAGCGGACGGGUUUGCCUAUUUGGGCUGAAGGUUUGAUGUUCUUCUACUGCUACAUUUUGCUUCUGAUUCUUCCCUGCGUGUCUUUGAGCGAGGUCAGCGUGCAGGGCGACCACGUGUCUCCCCAGAAGAUGAUGCUCUAUCCUCUACUCAGUCUGGUCACUAUCAACAUCGUCACCAUCCUCAUACGUGGCGUCAACAUGGUGCUCUUCCAGGACAGCCGGGUUUCAACCAUCUUCGUCGGGAAGAAUGUGGUGGCCAUCGCGACCAAGGCGUGCACCUUUCUCGAAUACCGAAAACAGUCACGAGAAUUCCCGAAUCGAGAGAACGCAACCGGAAUUCCCAUGGAAGUCCAGCAGAACUCGGUGGGACAUGGACAAGCUCUUCCGAAUGCAACUAGCCUCGCACAUGAACCCACUCCAGCACGGGAUAUUAUGGAUACAUGACCAAGGAACCAAAAUUAAGUCUUUCGUUUGAUGCAAUUGUACUUGGAGCCAACAAAGAGCAUCCAAACCAACAGAUAUGAUGAACCGGUGAACUGUUUUGAAGUACUUUGGUACAACAUUUCAGCAUUACAAGGUGCUCUGUCCUGUUCUUGACUGAGGUAAAUCAGCCAAUUUUGAGCGGUGUUGUUCAAAGGAAAACAUUCAGUGUUUUAUCAUUUGUUCUCCUCCAUCUUUUCCACAGUUAUUAAUGAAGAACUGCUGUU